UAUUUACCACACUAGCUCAUCACCUCUUCUUAACAACUUUUCUCACAUUACCACAACAAAAGAAAGAAGAGAAAAUCACAUUACACAAUGGCCAUGGCUUCGCUCUCUGCCAUUUCUCUUCUAUUUCUGGUCCUUAACCUUUGCCUUAGAGGCUCUUACGGUGACUAUGGAGGAGGAUGGGAAUCAGCCCAUGCCACAUUCUAUGGAGGAGGAGAUGCUUCUGGCACAAUGGGAGGUGCUUGUGGUUAUGGAAACUUGUACAGCCAAGGAUACGGGACAAGCACUGCAGCGCUAAGCACAGCACUGUUCAACAAUGGGCUAAGCUGCGGGGCAUGUUACGAGAUGAAAUGUAACAAUGACCCCAGAUGGUGUCUCCCCGGCAGCAUCAUCGUGACGGCCACCAACUUCUGCCCCCCAAACCUGGCCUUGUCCAACGACAAUGGGGGCUGGUGCAAUCCUCCUCUUCAGCACUUUGACUUGGCAGAGCCUGCUUUCUUACAGAUUGCUCAGUACCGAGCUGGAAUUGUUCCAGUCUCUUUCAGAAGGGUCCCAUGUGUUAAGAAGGGAGGAAUAAGAUUCACAGUGAAUGGACACUCUUACUUCAACUUGGUUUUGAUCACCAACGUCGGCGGUGCAGGAGAUGUUCAUGCGGUCUCAAUCAAAGGGUCGAAUACAGGGUGGCAAGCCAUGUCAAGGAACUGGGGCCAGAACUGGCAAAGCAACUCUUACCUCAAUGGUCAGAGCCUUUCCUUCCAAAUCACCCUCAGUGAUGGAAGGGUUAUCACCAGCAACAACGUGACACCAUCGGGUUGGCAGUUUGGACAAACAUUUGAGGGUGCUCAAGUCUAGAACUAUUUUUUUU